AUGGCGAGCGGGAAAGCAAAGAACCCUUCAAAGCUGUCUCUCAGAAACCCUAAGAAUAAGGGUAAGCCGCUUGGCCCCAACAACACCAAGAGGAAGAAGGAGAAGAAGAAGAAGCAACGGGUCAACAAUCAAAACCCAAUCGAAGACAAAGCUAGCAAUCAAAACACCCAAAACAGCAACAACAACAACAGUUUGAGCAAUGCUACGAAGGCACAACCGGCUUCGGCUUCAGCCCAGCUCAGCUUCUUUCUGGAUCAAUUUCAAUCUGGAAAUGGCGUUAAGAUUUCUUCUCUCGAGUUGGAGUCCGUCAAUGACAAGUGUAUUCUGGAUCUGUCUGAAAGCUUGGAUCAAGAUGUCAGCCUCUUGGGGAAGCAUGUGAUGGCAGCUUUUGGUCCAUCAUGGAAAGAAGAACUUUGUGAAAAGCAUCUCUUGGAUGGAAAAAUUGAUCCUGGGAGUCCGGCAAUUCUUAUUAUUAGUACAUCUGCCCUGAGGUCAAUAGAACUUCUAAGGGGCUUGCGGUCGUUGACUAAAGAAUGCCAUGCAGCAAAGCUGUUCUCUAAGCAUAUGAAGGUUGAAGAACAGGUAUCCUUGUUAAAGAACCGCGUUAAUAUCGCUAGUGGUACGCCAAACAGGAUAAAGAAGCUAAUUGACAUUGAGGCAUUGGGGCUGUCUCGGUUAUCAGUGAUUGUACUUGACAUGCACCCAGAUGUCAAGGGGUAUUCCCUCUUUACGCUUCCACAAGUCAGAGAUGAAUUCUGGGACUUGUAUAAGAGCUAUUUUCAUGAUCGUCUACUCCAAGGUUCCUUGCGUCUUGGUUUGUACGGUCCAUUAUCAUCUGGGAAUGAGCUUAAAGGGAAAAAGAGGAGCCCUAUUGAAUAA